UCUUUUCAAAAGGUGCAUAUGCUGCCUAUUGGAUGGUACACUUCCCCAUUGACAUACACCCUUGCUUUCGGCGGGUGAAUAGAGCAUGGAUCUCUAGCUUAGCUUAUAGAUUGCAUAUAAUAGUAGCUUUACAGCAUUAUUAUUUGCGAACAGAGUAUUUUAUUUGACUUCUAAUUUGGGAAACCGUACAAGUACCGAUCGAACUAUUUAUUCAACCGAAAAAGGGGUUCAACUAAAGUUGGAUGCAUAGCCCUAAAAGAAAGAGUUGGAUGCAUAUAAUAUGGAUGGACUACUGAUUUAGUUUAUCACUUUACAGAAUAUAUAGCCUUAUUUGUACAAAAAGAAAGAAAAACUAUGUGCGCACUGCACCAACCCCAGGUGCAUGCAUGUGUCGCCCCGUCUAGUCCAACACAAUCGGCUGGAUAUUCGUCAACUCCCGGUCUGAAAUGGCCACAGCCCACAGGGCGCCGAUAUAUGCCGUGCCGAAACGUAGCAGGAGUACGUAGCUUAGCUGCGGACACGACGUGUUUGCGAGGAGCUAGCGGCCAAAGGGCCAAAAAGGCGGACAAGAAAAGCGAGCAAACCAAAAGUCCCCACCUGGCAGGCAUCCGGAGGCCACCACCUGUCAGUCACAGUCACGGAGAGCUGCCCCGCUGGGCCAGGCCCGGCCGUAUCUUUCGCCAGCCCCUAGAGAAAUUAUCAGCAAUCACACUGAGCGGUCCGAUCUUAAUUCCCAAUUAAGCCCCACAAAAGCCGGGCCAUCAAUUAGGACAGCGACGUCGCCAUCUCUGCUCGUUUCGGCCCCGCGAAGGUAAGACGAAGCAGGGAGCACCGGCAGGGGGUAAACUCGAUCCCGAUCAGCUGCUACUAAUACUGGCAGCAUGCUUAAUUAGUUAGGUGGAGUCUCCUCAGGCGCCAGCUCAUCGCAAGCCAUACACACACUCUCCUGCUCAAACAACGCGGUCUGGCUAGCUGCCUCCUCACCGCACCUGCAUGCGCGCGGCGCCGCGCUCCUCUCCUCUCUUCUCCGAUGGAGAGAUCAGCUUUUCACCAUGGCGGACCUCACGCUUCUCCCCCGCUUCUUUACCAACCCAUAUAUACCUCCCGGCCUCAUGCCGGAUCUCACGCUUCUCCUUCUCCUCGUGCGUUUCUUGACACCUACCUACCUAGCCUAGCCCUCCUCUUCCAGCCUUUGAGUACUCUCUUCCCGCAGCACACGCGCACACACAUCCCGAAGCGACGGGUACUUAACCGCUUACCCGCCCUGGCAUACACCUGCGUGCACCAUAUAGAUUAGCUAGUUUCAUAGGCGCACUGCAGCUCUGGCAUGUAUGCCCUAAUGGUACAUGGCUGAGCAGCCUUCAGCAACCUCCUCGUCUGCUGCUGCUCCUCCUCAGGUGCAAGUGCAAGCUGCUGCUGAACCGGCGACCGAACUUUCCCCGGGUGCUCCUGCCUCGCCCCAUUCCCCGCCGGUUCACCUAGGCGACACGGUGGGGACAACGACGGCAACGGCGUUGGCGGCGACGAGCUCCGGGGAGCCGUCGCCGCGGUCCACUGGGAAGCACCCCUUCUACCGCGGCAUCCGGUGCAGAAACGGCAAGUGGGUCUCCGAGAUCCGCGAGCCGCGCAAGGCGCGCCGCAUAUGGCUCGGAACUUACCCGACGGCCGAGAUGGCUGCCGCGGCCUAUGACGUGGCCGCCCGCGCGCUGCGCGGCUCCGACGCCGUGCUCAAUUUCCCUGGCGCCGCCGCCUCGCGCCCUGUCCCCGCGUCUGCCUCCCCGGAGGACAUACGUGCGGCCGCAGCCGCAGCCGCGGCGGCCGCCCAGCUUUACAGGCCGCACGGCAGCGAGGCGCCUGAUGGCACUGCUUCGACUGCCGCGACAGCGGAGGAGCAGAGACAUCACGGCACAAUAACAAGCGAAGGCGCCGCCGAUGACCGCACGCCGCAGCAUCAGAUGGGCAAUGAGGACUUCAUGGACGAGGAGGCGAUCUUCGAGAUGCCGCAGAUGCUGCGCAACAUGGCGGCGGGCAUGAUGAUGAGCCCGCCAAGGCUGAGCCCCACCGCCUCCGACGAGUGGCCGUUCCCGCCGGGGGCGGGGGAGAGCCUGUGGAGCUACCACGAUCCCUAGUGAGUAGUAUAUUGCAUUGGCUCAAGACAUGAUGACCGGUGAGCUGGUUGGUACGUGCUCCAGUACUAUACCAGUUACUAAACCUAGUUAAUCCGGAGUCGAUACAUGGACCCCGGCCGUUGCGGGGCAUCGUCCUCUAUCUGGUAUAUAUGCGUGUGCCAUGAUAGUGGUAUCACUGGGCGCUGGCCUGCCAUAUUAUAGCCGCUACCUAGAUAGUACUCGCCAGUUACGUCAGAUUCGAUAUUAUGUUCUACUCGCUAGCUACGUACGGUCAUUUUCGCACAUAAAGUCCGCUCGUUGAUUCGCUUGGCUUAUUGCUCGUUUUACUAUGAGAGCAAGCAGGCACCACGUACCUUUUUCUUCCUUUUUUAUAUAUAUAAAGUGCCGAGUGGAUUGCACAUCACCGGGAGACUAAUGCAUUGUAACUUUUGUAACUGUAGACAUAAAAAUAUUUGGCGGUGGAUAAACUAAGAAGGA